CAACAUCUAACAGAUACGUCCAUUUUUAAUACACUUCUGUCAUCAGAGAGUACAUUCCAUACAAGAACACUGUUCUGGACAGAGAAGCAGAAGUGGCAACAUCAGCCGGUUUGGUCCGGUUCUAAUCGGUUCUUAUGGUAAGUAACUCUUCACGCUACCAGGAAAACGUCCUUGGCCGAAUCCUGGAAGAUUCUGCAACAACUUGAACACUUUGUAAAAAAGUGACAAAAACGAGAACAGACAGUGACUUACUCAAAGAUUUCCACUUCACAGACAAACAAAGUGAAGGUAUAUAAAGUCUGUGUUUCCAUCUCUGAGACAUCCUGUGACCAGAAACUGCUGCUGGAACAGACUCUUCAACUAACCAUCAAAACAAGAUGGCUGCCGGUCUUGUCUUCACUCUGCUUCUUGGUCUGAGCUUUGGACUCUGGGAUGGAGCUGAUGCAUGUCAACUGAAAGAAAUUACAGAGGUUGACUGUCCUCCUGGUUGGACUUGGUUCCAGCGUCGCUGUUUCCUGUAUGUGAAUGAUCAAAAGUCCUGGGCUUCAGCUGAGAAUGACUGCCUCUCAAAGAAUGGAAAUCUGGCCACUUUCCACACUUCAAAUGAGUACUACUUCCUCAAAAACCUUGCCUACGCGACAACUGGCAAUUACACAAGAAGUUGGAUUGGAGCUCAUAGUACAUCAAUUGACGGUACCUGGUUUUGGAGCGAUGGUUCCAAGUUUGUGUUUUAUUCCUGGACCCGAAAUGUCGCAGCCGAAGGGAAAAAAUGCAUGGACAUCAAUGUAGAAGGACAGUCACUUUUGUUUGGUGCUAAAUGUAACACGAAGCUUCCCUACAUCUGUACCAGAGUCCCAUAACUUUUCUCUUCUCAUCCCUAAUAAUCUGAAAUGCCCAUAUGGCUUUCCUGCUGGUGAUGUCACUUCCACCUGGAUGUCAAGCCUCGAUGACAUCACUGCUGGAAGAACCUGAUUUCACUUCAUUUGAUCACUUAAAUAAAUGUUUUCUUUCUCUGAAA